AUGUCUUAUAAAUUGGAGAAUGUUGUUGAAGAGGAUGAAGAUGAAAAGAAAGAAUUUCUAGGUUAUGAAGAAAAUUUAACAGUCAAUAGUGUUGAUGAUUUAACUAAUUAUGACGAUACUUUAAAUGUCAUGAGAUGUCGUGAAUCAUAUGCUGAAUUGAAUGAUAUUGAAGAAUUUAGAAAAAAAUAUAAAGAAAAUAAACAUAAAGAAAGAAUUCUUUAUAUAAAAAGAAAAAUAUAUACUUUAUUAGAAAAACCAACUAAUACUUUAAAUUUUUUAUAUCAAAUGGUAAUAUUUGUUAUUAUAAUUAUUGUUCAUUCACUUUGUGCAAUGGUAGAUAUUCCUGAAUAUAAUCACUUAACUACAUUAGUUCAUUCAUUAGAAAUAAUUGUUGGAUUAUAUUUUAUUGGAGAAUUUUUUUUACGUUUAUGGUGUGUAGGAGCUGAUGCUCAAUAUAUUGGAUUAAAAGGCCGUAUAAAAUAUAUGAAACGUCCAAUAUGUAUAAUAGAUAUGAUAACAUUUUUAGUAACAAUAUUCUUAAUAUUCGUAGAUUCAUCAAAUUUAGUCAAUCAUAAGACAGUUGAAAAGAUAAGAUUUUUACAAAUACUAAGACUUUUUCAUAUUGAUAGACAAAUGGCUACAUGGAAAAUGAUGAAAAAUAUUGUUAAACAAAGUAAAUAUGAAUUAAUUGCCGUUUAUUUUAUCACCUUUUUUCUUUAUCUUAUUUUUUGUUCAUCAAUAUUUUUUACUGAAUUAUAUAGUGAAGAAAAAAUGAUAUUACAAUAUAAUGAAAAUUUAGGAACAAAUUUAUCUACAUUAAUAAUACCUAAUGAAUUUUCACCAACAUUUAAACAUUAUGGUGAUGCUUUUUGGUUUGGAAUAAUUUCAUUAUUAACUGUUGGAUAUGGUGAUAUAGUUCCAAAGUAUUGGAUAUCAAAAAUAAUAACUGGAAUUUUAGCAUUUUGUUGUUACUGUAUGUUUUGUGCUGGUUCAAGUUUAGUUGGAGUAGGUUUAACUUUACAAUUAGAAAAUGCUAAUAAAGUAAAAAGAGAGGGAAAAGUUAGGCAUUUAGCUGCAUCAUUAAUACAAACAUGGUAUAGACAUAGAUUAAUUAAAGAUGAUGAUAUGUUUGAAAAAAUAUCAAAAUUUAAAGAACAAUGUUUAAAAAUUUCAGAAACAUUAAAAAGAAUGAAAAAUGCAAAACAAUUAGUUAAAAAAACUACAGAAAGUAGAAAAAUUAAAAAAAAAUCUUCAAAAGUUUUUGAUUAUUUUAAAAAAAAAGAUAUUCAAGAUAAUGAUAAUAGAAAAAAUUCUGCCACAGAAGCUAGUUUUGAUGUUGGAAUACAAAUGGUAAGAAAAUUAGGUAUACUUAAUCAAGUUGGAUCCAUGCAAACAUCUGACAAAUCGUUUAAUGAACAAAUUGAUAAAAUGCCAAGUUUACUCAAAAAAAUUUCUCUACCAUCUAGUGAUAUUCCAGAAGUAGAAGAUAGAAAAGAAAGAACAUUAAAAAAAUCUUUAUCAUUUACAGGACCAAGACCAAAAAAUAAUUUACAAAAAAGAUUAUCUUUUAAAUUUUCACCAUCUAAAAAAUCAAAUUCUAUUGAUAGUACUCAUUCAGAUACAAUUAAUACUAAUGAAUCACUUUUUGAUCCAGAUUUUUCAGAUGAAGAAACUUAUAUUGAUUAUUACUAUACUGUUCAUGAAGGAGAUUUACAAAAGAUUAAUAGACAUACCUCAUCUGUAAGUAUUGUUGAUGAAAAUACAUGGAAAAUGAAUAGAUUACUACUUGAAAGAUUAUUAUGCUUAUCUUUUUUAAUGUUAAAAAAAAAGUUUAAAAGAGCUAGACAACCAUAUGAAUUGGUUGAUGCAGAAGCUGAGUUAUGUGAAAUGGAAUAUCAAAGUAAUCAAAAGAUUAAAGAACUUGAAAUAAGAUUAGAUGCUAAUUUAGGUAAACCAACUAAAUCACUUUUUGCUAUGAAUGAUGAUGAGACAACUCAUAGUAUUGAAGAAAGAUUAUUACUAUGUAAAUUAAGAAUUAAAAAUAUAGAAAAAAAAGUUAAUGAUAUUACAACAUUAGGUGAAAGUAUAAUUGAAAUUCUACAAUGUAGACAAAAUACUGAAACAAAAAAUGUUUUAAAAAAUUUAAAUGACGCUGAAUUACCACCUAUACCUAGAAUAAAACCUAAAUUACUUUCAUCAACGCAAACAAAAAAUGUAUCCUCUAUUUCAAAAAAACGUCUAUCAUUACAAAGACAAAAUGAUCUUUUGUAA